AUGGAAAGAGAUGUUGCUUGUGAACUGUGGAGAAAAGCUCCUCAAUCUGGAGUCAAAUUUUCAAUUUAUGUAGGGGAUGAUGACUCAACAACCCUUGCAGACAUAAAAAACAAAGUCUCUUAUGGUGUUGAGAAAUGGUCCGAUGUUGGUCAUGCCAAGAAAUCCCUCAAUACCAGAUUAUACAAUCUUAAGAGACUGCUUCAAAGGAUUGAAUUGCUCAAUUCUCAGUUCAAAGGUUAUAAAUUACAUCACUGAGUGCUUCAGUUUUUGUGUCAGCCAAAUGUGGGAGAUCCUGAAUCUUUAAAGCAAGGUCUCAAAAACAUUAUUCCCCAUGCCUUUGGGGAGCAUACUUGUUGUAAUGUUUCAUGGUGUGGUUUCAAGCAAAACCCUGUUGCCUCCAAAUAUACAGACUUGCCAAAUGGCAAAGAUCUCUUUGGAGAUUCCCUAAAAAUAGCCUUAAGUGACAUUCUGGACGAAUAUUCUACUGACAUUGUAGUGAACAAACUGACCCCACAUGCUAAUUCACAGAGAAAUGAAAGUCUUAAUAGCACCAUUGGUUCUUAG